AUGAAGGGAAACUCUUCGACGGUGGCUCCUGCCCGGCAGGCUAGUUCAAUUUCAUCCAUUCGAGAAGUUAACGACGGAAAACCUCUAGAGGAGAUGCAACAGAAACUCAAAGAGGCAAUGGAUGCGCUUUCAGCAAAAACGCAGACAGUUGCUGGCCUUUCAGAAGCUCUGGAUAAGGCUCGUGCAGAUGCUGUAGCAAGUCAAUCUUCACUUCUACUGCUGCAGCAAGAAAGGGCUGCUGCUGUGUCGGACCUGCAAGUACUCAACGCCACUUUGCAACAAGAUCGUGCUGAACACUCGCGGGUCCUUGUUCUCCUCGAGUCCAUGAAGCGAGAGCUUGAUGCGGCAAAGUUGGUAUCAUUUGACCACACUAAUGUCGUUUACGACCUCCAGAGCCAAGUGCAAUCUCUCACAGCUGAAGUGGCUGCAGCUCACGAGAACCUUGAGACUCUACGCACCUCAAGCGAGAAAUCUUCUUCCGAAGCGGCAGCAGCAGCUCAAAGCGAGCGCGAGGCUGUUCUUAGGGCAAGGACCGACUACGAAACUAUCAGUGCGGAAUUGGAAGCGUUGAGGGUCUCUCACGCUUCUACAAUUCACGAUUUCCAAGUCAGGUCGAGUGAGGCCCAGGAGCGAGCUGCUGAUGCAGACGCUCUUGAAGCCCAGGUCAGGCGACUCAAGGCAGAGCGCGAGGAAAACGCGAACAAGCUCUCAGAGCUGGAGGUCGAGAUUUUAGAGUUGAAGGAGAGUCAAGAGCAAGCAGAGGACGACCAUGCCAAGGUACUUGACCACCUCAAAAGGCUGGAGGAAGAACUAGCCCAUGCCGCUGCAGCCACUCAGAGUGCUCUUGCUGCAUCUAAAGUCAGAGAAGGGCAACACGCUGAACAGUUAGCUGAGGUCAAGGAAACUCACAGUGGCGAACUACAGGCCGCCAACGAUGAGCUCUCCGAUAUUGUCGCCGACCUUGCGGCAUUGAGGGAAGAGCUCGCUGCUGCUCAUGCAGCCCAUGAGCAGACGAAGGUCGAAGCUCAGAAAACCGCUGAGGAGCACGAGCGUCAGAUUGAGGAGACCGAAAGUGAAUUUUUCUCGAAGCAUCUUGAGCUUUCGGAGGAGAUCAAGAGAAUCACUAUCGAGCUGGAGGCAAAAGUACACUACAAUGCUAAAGUUGACGCUGUCAAGGCCGAGCACGAUUUGCUCCUGCAGGAGGCGUUUGAGCGCGCCAAGAAUGAAGCUGCAGAUGUGCACGGCGAAGACCUUCAGGCGCUCCGUGCUGAAUCACAAGCGACAAUCGAACAACUCCGUACUGCCCACCAGUCAACGGUGGAUGGACUGAAAGAAGACCAUGAAGACGUUCUUGCGUCGCAGGUCGGCGAUCUGGAGAAGAAAUUGAGCAAUCAGAGCCUCGAGCUACGUGCUACGCAAGACGAUCUCGUCAAAGCCAAGGCAGCGCUAGAGUCGUCGCGGUCUGACACGGAAAGCCUCAAAGCGCAGCUUGAGGAUGCUCGGGCGGCAUUUGUCGCCGCCUCUGCCUCUGCUGACCAGGCGUCCGAGAUCGAUCGCUUGACGAAAGAACUUGCCAACUUCCGUGAUGAGAAUGUUAUGCUCAACGACGUUCUUGCCGUCACAAAGGAAUCGUUUUUGGAGAUAUCUUCUAAUCACACAAAAGAGCUCGAGGAAGCGGCUCGUGGACGUGUCGAAGACGUCAUGAGCCUCCGUGCUGCUCAUGAAGAGGAGAUCGGCAGGCUUGCGGCGCAGAAGUCAGAGCUGUCGCUCAAACUCUCCGACCUGGAGGGAGAGAUUGCUACGCUCCAGGCACAGAUUGCUGCUGAGGCUGCGGUUGCACCGAGAAACAACGGGGCAAUGUCCCCGUCCUUGACCAUGGUCACCAGGGAGGAGCUCCAGAGAGUGCACGAGGCGCACAACAUGAAAAUGCAAGACGUAGUGGCUGACCAUGAGCGUAUCGUCAGGGAUCUCAGGAAUGAGAUUGACGGGCUCCAGAACAAGCUGGACGAGGUCCACCAGGACAUCGCACGCAAAUCGAUGGAGAUUCAGUAUCUUGAGCAAGAACAAGAAGAGAGCCAAGACUCUAUUACUCGGUAUGUCAAGGUCUUUGGACUUCAAAGUGUGUUUGGAGUAGUGAUCGCGCUGGCCGUGAUUUUCGAUUUUAUUUGA